GCUCCACAGUCCUUCCGAUGGCGGCUCGCCUGUUUUUAAAGGCCCCAUCUUGCCCCGCUGCGGACUCCGUCGUGCCGUGACCUGUACCGAGUCGUAGGAAGGACUCGGGGGACUCAGGAAACUCAGCAAUGGACUCAGUGACCAUUGAGGAUGUGGCUGUGAUCUUCACCCCAGAGGAGUGGGCUUUACUGGAACCUUCACAGAAGAAACUCUACAGAGAUGAAAUGUGGGAAACCUUGAGGAACCUGGCGUCAGUAGGAGAACAAUGGGAAGAUCGUGACAUUGAAGAUUGGUACAAAACCCAGGGGAGAAAACUAAGAAGUCAUACGAUAGAGAGACUCUGUGAAAGUGAAGAGGGUAGUCAACGUGGAGAAAACUUGAGCCUUAUUCCAAAUCUCAAUCUGAACAAGAAAACUACUGGAGUGAAACCACAUGAAUGCAGUGCAUGUGGAAAAGUCUUCAUGCGUCAUUCAUCCUUUCAUAGGCACAUCAAAUGUCACACUGGACGCAAACCAUGUGAGUAUAAAAAAUGUGGAAAGAAGCCAUAUAAAUGUAAGUACUGUGGAAAAACCUUCUGUUAUCUCCAAUUUUUUGAAACACAUGAAAGAAUUCACAAUGGAGUGAAAACCUGUAAAUGUAAGGAAUGUGGGAAAACCCUUAGUUGUUCCCGUUUACUUCAGAUACAUGAAAGAAGUCACACUGUAGAGAAACCCUAUAAAUGUAAGGAAUGUGGGAAAGUAUUCAUUUAUCCCAGUGCAUUUCGAAUACAUGAAAGGAGUCACACUGGAGAGAAACCCUAUGAAUGUAAAAUAUGUGGUAAAGCCUUCAAAUUUUCCAGUAAUGUUCACGUACACGAAAGAACUCAUACUGGAGAGAAACCCUAUAAAUGUAAAAAGUGUAGUAAAGCCUUCACUUGUCCCAGUUCUCUUCAAAGACAUGAAAGAACUCACACUGGAGAGAAACCCUAUGAAUGUAAAAAAUGUAGUAAAGCAUUCACUUCUUCCGGUUCUCUUCGAAGACAUGAAAGAAUUCAUACUAAAGGGAAAUCCUAUGAAUGUAAGGAAUGUGGGAAAGAUUGUUUAACUCUCACAAAGCUUGAAGCACACAUGGUCACUCACGGUGGAGAUGGACCUUAUAAAUGUAAGGAAUGUGAGAAAGCAUUCUUUUCUCCCAGUGCCUUUCAACUGCAUGGAAGGAGUCACAAUAGAGAGAAAGUGUAUGAAUGUAAAACAUGUGGUAAAGCCUUCAGUCGUUCCAGUUCUGUUCAACGACAUGAAAGGACUCACACUGGAGAGAAACCCUAUGAAUGUAAAACAUGUGGUAAAGCCUUCAGUUGUUCUAGUUCUGUUCAACGACAUGAAAUAACUCAUACUGGAGAGAAACCUUAUGCAUGUCAGGAAUGUGGGAAAGCCUUCAUUUGUCACACAGACUUUCGAAGACACAUGAGAGUGCACACUGGAGAGAAACCGUAUAAAUGUGAAGAAUGUGGGAAAGCUUUCAGUGAUUACAGUUCCUUAAAAAUGCACAAAAGAAUUCACACAGGAGAGACACCCUAUGUAUGUAAGGAAUGUGGUAAGGCUUUUGUUUCUCUUCGAGGUUUCCAAAUACAUGAAAGAAAUCACACUGGGGAGAAACCCUAUGAGUGUAAGGAAUGUGGGGAAGCCUUCAGUUAUACCAGUUCUCUUCGAAAACAUGAAAGCGCUCAUACUGGCAAAAACCCCUAUGAGUGUAAAAAAUGCAGUAAAGCAUUCACUUCUUCCAGUUCUCUUCGAAUACAUGAAAGAACUCAUACAGGAGAAAAACCCUAUGAUUGUAAGGAAUGUGGAAAAGCCUUCAUUUCUCUCAGAUAUCUUCGAAGACAUGAAAGAAUUCAUACUGGAGAGAAACCCUAUAAAUGUCAGGAAAGUGGCAAAGCCUUUAUUUCUCAUGAAAAGUUUUGAGGAUAUGUGAGAUGGCACACUAGAAUAAAAAUCAUAUAAAUGUAAAGAAUGUAGGAAAGCUUUUGUCAUCCCAGUUCUUUCUGAAGGCAUGAAAGGACUCACUUAAUAAAAACCUCUUGAAUGUAAAGUGUGGGAAAGACUUCAAUUGGCCCACAUUCUUCUAUGUGAAACUCCCACCAGAAAGAAAUAAUAAAUUUAAGUCUUAUGAGAAAGGUUGAUGGAAAUUAACUUGUCGAUAAUGUUCUAGAAAACUUUCAGCUUGAAAAAGUUGUCAUAAAAGUCGUAAAUAUAUUGUUUACCAAGGCUCCUUCUCAAAUUCCAGAUUGGAUUUUGGAUUUCUAUUAAUUACUUUCAGAAAUGAAUAUUGAGGUGAGAGAAUUCUGCAUGUCAUCCUUCAUCAAUAGUACAUAAAAAUUAAUAGGUGGUGGUUUUUCCUUUAUCAGUUAAUAUUUUCUGUUUAAUUUUUUCAUAAGGUUUUAAUUGUUCUAUUAAGGCAUCAUUGAAAAAUGACAGUUUGUAUUUGUUGAGAUUUUCUUACUGGCCUUGUAUUGCGGUUCCUGGAUAUGCCUCAUCCACUGUAUGUAUCAGACCUUUCUUAGAGAAAGCUCUAUUUUCAGGCUGAUGGGUAUAGGAGCCUGUUUUUAUUUUCCAUACUAUUAAACAGUUGAAACAAAUUUUUAUGUGUGGCAAGUUUAUCAAAGAGUAUAGUUUCCUGGGAAUUCUUGUUUUCAUAUUUGGGCCUUUGCUCUUUGUCCUUCCUUCUGACUGGUAUUUGGUGAAGAGGCUUUGAAUUAAGUAGAGGCCUGUGAGAGGGCAAGAAAAUCUAGAGCUGGGCAUAUCACUCUAUUGUGUUAUGUCAGUGAGGGUAAUAUGAAGAACUAGAUCUUUAAGAAUGCAUCCCCUGGCGCUGGCCCAGUGGCGCAGCGGUUAAGUUUGCAUGUUCCGCUUCAGUGGCCUGGGGUUUGCAGGUUCACAUUCCGGGUGCCGACAUGGCACCACUUGUCAAGCCAGGCUGUGGCAGGCG